UUGAUUGAUCAUAAAGUUAUUAUUGCCAUGAAACAUAUCUGACGUCUAUUAUCCAGAUAAGGAGAACGUGUAAUUUGAAUUAAUUGCCUGUAUUUAUAUCUUCUCAUAAUGUCUGGAAACAUUCAAUUUGCGAAUCCGCCGCCAGCUGUAAGCCUGCCCAACAUGUCUGUGCCACCACCUACAACUCCGAAUUUGUCAGCGCCACCACCAAAUUUAACCACUAUAAACACAUCGGGAAGUUAUCAGCAUCGAUAUACAAAUCAUAGAGAAGGCAAUCGCGGUUUCUUUAAACCAUUUAGACCUUAUCAUGCUCCAAAAAUUGUCACUGGAGGACAAGAGACUCUGCAAGAUGAAUUUGAUGGCAAGAGGCUGAGGAAAUCUGUUAUGCGAAAGACUGUCGAUUACAACUCCGCCAUCAUUAAAAGCUUAGAAAAUCGAGUAUGGCAGCGGGACUAUAGGGAUCGUCGCGCGCUUCAGCCAGAUGUAAUAUAUUAUCCUGAUUUACUCCCUCCACCAAGUUAUAUUGACAAUCCUAUAAAUGCAGUUACCACGAGGUUCGUAAAAACGGCUACCAAUAAAAUGCGAUGUCCAAUUUUUUGUAUGGCUUGGACACCAGAGGGUAGACGUCUUGUCACUGGCGCUUCGAGUGGAGAAUUUACUUUGUGGAAUGGCCUUACUUUCAAUUUCGAAACUAUUCUGCAGGCACAUGACAGCCCGGUCAGGACAAUGGUAUGGUCACAUAAUGAAAGCUGGAUGGUAACAGGCGACCACGCGGGCUACGUGAAAUAUUGGCAGAGCAACAUGAACAAUGUCAAGAUGUUUCAAGCGCACAAAGAAGCGAUUAGAGGACUCAGUUUCAGCCCGACGGAUCACAAAUUGGCAACUUGCAGUGAUGAUGGAACUGUCAGAAUUUGGGAUUUUCUUCGCUGUCACGAGGAACGAAUUCUCAGAGGUCAUGGUGCGGAUGUCAAAUGUGUACAUUGGCAUCCACAAAAGAGUCUAGUCAUUUCUGGCAGUAAAGACAAUCAGCAACCAGUGAAACUUUGGGAUCCGAAAACUGGUCAGUCUUUGGCAACUCUUCAUGCACAUAAAUCUACCGUGAUGGAUGUCAAGUGGAAUGAAAACGGUAACUGGUUGGUAACUGCAUCAAGAGAUCAUCUCUUAAAACUUUUCGACCUCAGGAAUCUUAGUCAAGAAGUUCAGACUUUUCGUGGCCAUAAAAAAGAAGCGUCUAGUGUUGCGUGGCAUCCAAGUCACGAAGGUCUUUUUUGUAGUGGUGGUAGUGAUGGCGCCAUACUCUUCUGGCAUGUUGGAGCGGAUAAGGAAGUGGGAGCGAUAGAACAAGCGCACGAUAGCAUAGUUUGGACAUUAGCUUGGCAUCCAUUGGGACAUAUCUUAUGUUCUGGUAGUAACGAUCACACGUCUAAAUUUUGGACGCGUAACAGACCGGGAGAUCUGAUGAGAGAUAAAUACAAUCUCAAUACGUUACCGGCAGGUUCGGCCGGUAUCGAUGACCACGAAAUUGCUGAUGAAGCAGCGGUGAUACCUGGUAUGGGACCAGAGGAUAGAAUCAAUGCAGAUUGUGAAUCUGAAGAGAAAAAUGGUGGAAUCCCCGGUCUGGAUUUAGAUCACGCUGUGGACGAGGGCAAGAAAUUCGCCAAUAAGAAAGUUCCGUACAGUAAACCGAUACCGCGAAAUUUCCAAGCACAGUGGAACGAAAUAGAGGGCGAAGAUGAGCAAGUCGAAUUAGUUAAUCAGUUCGUCAAUCAAUUAAUAGAGACAACGCCAGGUGCUGUGCCACUAAAUGAAGUUACGCCCAACGCCAUUAUAUUAUAUGGAAAAAUGAUUCCAGUGGAAUCUGGAUCCAAACUGGCACAGGCAAUCAGUAAAGGAACCGAUGCCAUAAACAAAUUAGUAUUUUCUGGUGAAGUAGAAGAAUUACGGGAGUUGGUAUGUCCACAGGCUGAUAUGGAAGUCGAAGAAUAUCUGCUGGAUGAUAAAGAGAUCGAUUUUUCUAAAGUGCCCAACGUAAAUUUGCCGCCACCUUUGCCUAGUUCCAAAUUCGCACAGAAUCCGGAGCUGCUGAAAUCGCUGAAUCGCGGCGGCAAGCGUAAGUUCGAUCAGCUGAUCGGCUGGAGCGAUGGUGGAGCUAGUGAUCGUAUAUCUAAGAUGCAUCAGCCGGUCUUCAGUGGUGUGAUUACGGAGGAUUCGCAGUCCAACGACACUGAUUUGAGAUUUAGCAAGUCAAAUCUCGCCGCGGAGAGCAAUUCUUUCCAUAGCGGGCAGGAUGAAGAUCAUAGAAGGAGCGGUCUUCACGAUCUAUCGAGAAGUAAUCGUGGUGAUGAAGAUCUCAGAUUCAACAUGUCUACCGGUCCUGGUAGACCCAGUUCAGUCAACGAAUUCGAUUCACGCGGCAACAAUUUCGCGGAUAAAGAUUUUCGUAAUUUCCUGUCAUCCAAGUCUUUGGAUGAUGAUGAUUAUGACGAACGGGAACAUGAUAACGCCAGCGGCCGCUGGGACGACGAGGAGGCCGAUGGAUCGCGUGGUAAAUUGGACAGUACAUUCGGCAACAAUUUUGACAAACGCGACAACGGUGUAACAAUGGGCAUGAGUAACAAUUUGCAUGGUCCUAUGGCUGGUAUACCGCAUCUGCCGAAUCAUCAUAACAUGCAAAAUAUUAAUCCCAACAUGCCGCCACCGAUACCAAGCCUAGUGCCGCAUCCCAACAUGUCACAGCAUCCUAGCAUGCAGGGUAAACCGCCGCAUCCUGGUAUGCCCGGUAUAGAUGGCCCAAUGCCACCCCAUAUGAUGCCGCCCCACCCAAAUAUGCAUCCGGGUUUUGGACCUAAUGGACCGCCGCCCGGUGGUUUCGGACCCAAUUUUCGACCACCACCACCGAAUAGCAAUUUCGGCCCAAAUCAUUUUAGACCAAAUCCGAUGCUGCCAUUCGGACCGAAUCAGGGCCCGCCGCCAUUUGGCAAUAAUUUUCAGGGACCGCCCAACUUUCGUGGGCCAAAUGUCGCUCCGAUAAAUUUCGACCGACCAAGUUUUGGACCUAAUUUCCGCGGUCAAACUCCACAGGGUCAGUUGAACAAUUUUAAUUCCAACUUUGGCAACUUUGGCAAAAACGGUCCCAAUCGCGGCAUAAGUCGUGGUGGUAGCGAUAUGGGCAGGGGCGGCUAUAAUAAUCGCGGCAGAGGACGUGACAACGAUCAAUCGAGAGGAGGGAGGGGAAGAGACAAUUAUUGAAGAGAUUUCUCAGAACAAUAUGCGUGAUUAUCGACAAUGUUCUUAUGCCUCGAUAUAAACUGUCUUGCAUGAACUGUUCAGUGAAACUUUGACUCAGUAUAUAAGAUAAUG